UGCAUUUAAUCAGCUCUUCCCUAACAGUACUUCAAAAACAAAACCCUAAAACAGGAUUGAUUCGCCGCCAGAUUUUUUUUUCUCUCUUUUCUCCCAUUUAAACCUUCAUCAUCUCUCACAUUUGCUCACUCUUUGUUCAGAAAAAGACACUUUCUUGAGAAAAAGACACUUUCUUGAAGUUUUGUAAUCAAAGAUUGGGUUUUUAUGAGCUUAAAUCUUUAUGUUUUCAUGUGGGUUUUGUAGUUUUGAGGUUUAUAUGUGAAAAAAAGUUUUGGGUUUUUUUCUUGUGUUGGUAGGGUUUGUGGGUGUUAAUUAUAUUUUGUUGUGGACUGACUGUGUAAUUUAGUGUUUGAUCAUGGAGGUCUUGGAGGCUGGAUGUUGAGGAAAGAGGUUUCUUGGAAUUUAAUUUGAUCAAAGGUUUGGUUUUAUGAGCUGAAAGAUUUUAUUUUGAGGUUGUAUACGUGGGGUUUGUAGGUUUUUAUAGGUUUAUAUGAUAAAGUUUUGAUUUUUGAUAGCUUUCUUGGGUUGUUAAGGAUUGUGGGUAGUGAUUAUAUUUGUUGUGGACUGACUGUGUAAUUGGUGUUUGAUUAGGGGAUGUUGAGAAAAGAGCUUUCUUGGAAUUUUAGUUGAUCAAAGAUUGGAUUGUGAGGUUGUCUUCUUGGGGUUUGUAGAUUCUAAGGUUUACCAAAGUCUUGAUUUUGAUAACUUCAUUGGGUUGUGAAGGAUUGUGGGAUGCGUGUGUUAUUGGUUGUGUGAAGUUUGUGAAUAUGGUAUCUGAAUUAGGUAGGAGACCAAUGAUGGGAAACAAUGAAAAUUCGUUUGGAGAUGAGUUUGAGACAGAGAUUGGGAUGUUACUUCGUGACCAGCGACGACAAGAAGCUGAUGAUCGUGAAAAGGAGCUGAAUAUGUAUAGAAGUGGGUCAGCUCCACCUACUGUUGAGGGUUCAUUGAAUGCAGUGGGUGGAUUGUUCAAUAAUAGUGGUUUCAUGUCUGAGGAGGAGCUAAGGUCUGAUCCUGCUUACUUAUCUUACUAUUACUCGAAUGUAAAUCUUAAUCCUAGGUUGCCUCCACCACUGUUGUCCAAAGAAGAUUGGCGUUUUUCACAGAGGUUGCAAGGAGGGAGCUCUGCUAUUGGUGAUAGGAGGAAGGUAAACAAGAAUGAUAAUGGUAAUGGUGGGAGGUCACCUUUUCCGAUGCCUCCGGGAUUUAACUCGAAAAAAGCAGAGAGCGAGAAUGAGACGGAUAAAUUGCAGGGUUCAGUGGAAUGGGGUGGUGAUGGGCUGAUUGGUUUGCCAGGACUAGGAUUAGGUAGUAAGAAGAAGAGCAUUGCUGAAAUGUUCCAGGAUGACUUUAGCCGCGUGUCUCCUGCUCCUGGUCACCCUUCACGUCCAGCUAGCCGAAAUGCUUUUGACGGAAGUGGUGAUACAAUAGGUUCAGCAGAAACUGAGCUUUCUCAUCUUCGUCAUGAGGUUUCUUCUUCAAAGCCAAUAAGGUCUGCAUCAAGCACACAAAUCCCAUCUGCUGCUCAACAUGAUGAGGUUCCUACUUCCUAUUCAUAUGCUGCUGCUUUGGGGGCUUCCUUAUCAAGAAGUACCACUCCUGAUCCCCAACACAUUGCGAGAGCUCCUAGCCCUUCCCUCACACCUAUUGGUGGAGGCAGGGUAGUCAAUUCAGAGAAGAGAAGUGUUAGUAGUCCAAAUCCGUUUAAUGGUGUGUCGUCUCACAGAACCGAGUCUGCAGAGCUUGUUGCUGCUUUAUCUGGCAUGAAUAUAUCUAAUGGUGGGCAGAAUAAUAUGAAGCAGCAUGAUUUCUUGAAACAAUCCGAAUCCCCCCAGUUUAAUAUGGCUUCUACUGCUCAGUCUGCGAAAGUACCAUAUUCUGUUGCUGUUACUGGCUCCGGUAGUUCAUACCUCAAAGGAUCCCCAACGUCGGGAUUGAAUGGUGGAGGUGGCGUACUGUCUCAGUAUCCCCAUUUGGAUAGUCCAAAUUCAUCCUUUUCUAAUUAUGGAUUAAGUGGUCACCCUCUCAGUCCAAUGUCAGGCCAUCUUGGCAACUAUAAUUUGCCACCUUUAUUUGGAAAUGCUGCUGCAGCAUCAGCGAUGGCUGUACCUGGAUUGGACUCUCGAAUGUUGGGGGGAUCUAAUUUAAGCGCUGCAACCUCAGAGCAGACUCUCAGCAGAAUGGGAAAUCAAAUGGGAGGAAAUGCUCUGCCAGCAUCAUACGUGGAUCCUAUGUAUCUUCAGUACUUGUCAGCUGAAUAUGCUGCGCAGGUUGCUGCUCUUAAUGAUCCUUCCUUGGACAGGAACUAUAUGGGUAAUUCAUAUGUGGACUUGCUUCAGAAAGCUUAUCUCAGUAAUGUGCUACCUCAGAAAUCUCAAUAUGGGGUUCCAUUGAAUAGCAAAACUAGCAGUUCAGGUCAUCAUGGCUAUUAUGGAAAUCCUGCAUUUGGAGUUGGUUUAUCAUAUCCUGGGAGUCCUUUAGCAAGUCCAGUCUCUCCAGUAGGACCUGGUAGUCCUAUGAGGCAUAGUGAUUAUAAUAUGAGAUUUCCUGGUAGAAUGAGAAACAUAGCUGGAGGUGUCAUGGGACCAUAUCACUUGGAUAACAUGGAGAACAGUGUCGCGUCCUCCCUACUGGAAGAGUUCAAAAGCAACAAGGCCAAGUGUUUUGAACUUUCAGAAAUUGCAGGUCAUGUUGUUGAGUUCAGUGCUGACCAGUAUGGGAGCCGAUUCAUUCAGCAAAAACUUGAAACUGCAACCACUGAGGAGAAAAACAUGGUUUUCCAGGAAAUUUUUCCCCAAGCUCUUACUUUGAUGACUGAUGUCUUUGGGAAUUACGUAAUCCAGAAGUUUUUUGAACAUGGAAUGGCAUCUCAGAGGAGAGAAUUGGCUAGCAUACUCUUUGGGCAUGUUCUAACACUGAGCCUUCAAAUGUAUGGUUGUCGCGUGAUACAAAAGGCAAUAGAAGUAGUUGACGUGGACCAGAAGAUUAAAAUGGUUGAGGAGCUUGAUGGUCAUGUUAUGCGCUGUGUACGAGAUCAGAAUGGGAAUCAUGUCAUUCAGAAAUGUAUUGAAUGUGUACCAGAAGUUCAUAUCCAAUUUAUCGUCUCAACAUUUUUUGGACAAGUUAUUACUCUCUCUACCCAUCCAUAUGGCUGUCGAGUAAUACAGAGAGUAUUGGAACACUGUGGCGAUCCAGAAACUCAAAGUAAAGUGAUGGAAGAAAUCCUUGGAUCUGUAAGCAUGUUGGCACAAGAUCAAUAUGGCAAUUAUGUUGUUCAGCAUGUAUUGGAGCACGGGAAGCCGGAUGAGCGCUCUACUAUAAUUAAGGAACUGGCUGGGAAGAUCGUGCAAAUGAGCCAGCAGAAGUUUGCCUCUAACGUUGUUGAGAAGUGUUUAACUUUCUGUAAUUCCAGUGAACGACAGCUAUUGGUGAAUGAGAUGCUUGGCACAACUGAUGAAAAUGAGCCUCUUCAGGCUAUGAUGAAAGAUCAGUUUGCAAAUUAUGUAGUACAGAAAGUUCUGGAAACUUGUAGUGACCAGCAACGCGAGCUGAUCAUGUCGAGAAUAAAAGUUCACUUGAAUGCUCUGAAGAAAUACACUUACGGAAAGCAUAUUGUUGCCCGUGUUGAAAAGCUAGUUGCUGCUGGGGAAAGGAGGAUUGCUGCGCAGUCCCUAAGUACUGCUUAGUCUUGUAGGAAAAGAAAGUUGUACAGCUAACUGAGGCUAGUUUGAGCUACCUAUCUUCCACAUCUGUGUUUUGUUAUUUGCAAAUAAAAGUUGUUGCAUGUACUAGAGGAGAUGUACAUUGUGUAGUUAAAAACAUAAAUAUCAGGUAUGCUGAAGCUCAGAUGUCAAAUAUUCGAGAUGGCUGUGCAGAGGGAAGUUGAG